CGAGGGCCAGCCAGCACUGAGCUGGGCUGGGAGUGGCCACCUGGCGCCUGUGUCCUGAGGCCUGGUCAGCGUCUCUGAGAGGAGUGCACAGAAAGCCACCGGAAUGCCAAGCUCUCAACCCUGAGGCGUCUGUGGGUCAUGAAGGACCCUGCAGAUGUGACUACCAUGGGGAGGGGGCGUGCAGGACCCUCAGGAAGCUACAGCCAUGGGAGCAAGGUCCAGAGUAUGCCCAUGAACUCACCCACUGGACAGGAGCGAGCAGGGCCAGGGGAGGCCAAGGCCACAGUCACAAGUGACACCAGUCCUCUGCCUGACAUUGCUGGACCAGCUGCUGGGACCCCUUCUAGCCAGAUGGCAGUGUACCCCACAGACCUGACCCUGCAGCUGCUGGCAAUACGGAGGAAGAAUGGGCUGCCAGACCCCGGCCUGCAGCAGGUUCUGCGUGGCCGGCUUCGCUUGCUGGAGAAUGACAGCAGGGAUGUGGCCCGUGUGCUUGGGGAAUUGUCUGCCAGGCUGUUAUCUAUCCACAGUGACCAGGAUCGGAUCAUGGUGACAUUUAAGACUUUUGAGGAAAUCUGGAAGUUUUCCACCUACCACACUCUUGGCUUCACCCAUCACUGCCUGGAGAACCUGCUGGUGGACCAGGCCUUCUGGCUGCUAUCGCCCAGUGAGGAGGAGGAGACAGCCAUCCGUGUGCACGUGGAUGAGGACACCUUGAAGCUGACGUAUGAGAGCCUCCUUGUCCAAGAAGGGCCCUUCUUUGUCCUGUGUCCUGACCACCAUGUGAGAAUGAUGACAAAUGCAGGGAAGGACCCCCAGCCCCCCAGGCGGGCUUCGGGAGGCCCCCUGGGAAAGGUGGCAUUGGGAGCAGGCUCCUCGUCUCCCAGUCCCAGCACAUCUUCCAAGGAGGUGACAGUGGCAGCUGCUCCAGAGCCCUUGACUCCAUUUCAUCAGUGGGCUCUGAGGGUCCCCUGGGACCCCACCGAUGACUCUGCAAUUGGACCUGUGGCACCAGACAUUCCACUGAUGGGGCUUGGCCUGGCCUCUGCAGUGGCAGACUGCCAGGGCUCAGGGCCUGAGGAGAUGUCCUUCCAUUCUGGUGACCUCAUUGAGAUCCUCGGUGCCCAGGUGCCUGGCCUGCCUUGGUGUGUGGGCCGGCACUUGGCCGCCGGCCAGGUGGGCUUUGUACGAACUGAUCUCAUAAGCGUGCAGGACACCGCAUCUGAGUUGGAAAGUGUGAUUUUCCUUAGUGAGGAAGAAAGGUCGUUCUUCAGCAGUGAGGGGCGAUUUUCUGAGGAGGAUGCCAGGAAGCUCCUGAGCAGGACUUCGGGCAUGGACGUGUGUACCGGGUACAGCUUGGAUCAGUUAGAAGAAGCUGAGUGCCAGCAGCUGGAGGAGCAAGAAACGUCUCUGCCUUGCCUGAGCCCAGAGCCCUGUGAGAUCCUGCGGAGGGUAAAGGAUGUUCUAGAACAGUGCAAGACCCUCCCAGCCUGCCCUAAAGAACCAGCGUCCUGGGGCUUCCAGGGGACAUCCAGCAGUGUCAGCUCGCUCGACCUCGAGGAGCCCCCCUUCUGCCUGGACGCCGAGGACGACUGGGAGGACCCAGAGGCCCCCGGCUCACUGCUGCAGGUCCUGAAUGCCCCAGGGUAUGAGCCCUGCUUCCGUGGCCUUUAUGACGUCUCACUGCCGUGGCUCAGCCGUGCCUUCUGCAGCUUCACAGAUGAGGAGCUGGUUGGGCGCCUGGCCCAGGCCCGCGGGCUGGCCAAGAAAGCCGGCCUGGGCAUGGCCCUGGCCAGACUCUGCUUCCUGCUGGGACGGCUAUGCGCCCGGAGGCUUAAGCUCUCCCAGGCCCGGGUAUACUUUGAGGAAGCUCUGGGGGCCCUGGGAGGCAGCUUUGGAGAUCUCUUCCUGGUGGUGGCUGUGUAUACCAACCUGGCCACCAUUUACCUGAAGCAGAAGAACCGGGAGAAGUGUGUGCAGGUGGUGCCCAAGGCAGCAGCUCUGCUUCUGGGAACACCCAGUCCAGUGGCAGGCAGCAUGGAUGCAGAGGCUGAGGUGCUAAAAUAUGCACUGAGGAGAGCUAUCAGCAGCCAGAGCCCACAGGCUGAGGCCCGGGCCUGCUUUCUGCUGGCCAAGCACCACAGCCACCUCAAGCAGGCUGAGGAGGCCCUGCCAUACUUGGAGAGACUGCUGCUUCUGCACCUAGGCUCACGGGCACCAAUGGCCUUGUGGCCUGCAGACUGCUGCCUGCUCCUGGCAGACUUCUACAGCCGGAAAUGCCUGCCCCAUCUGGGGCUGAGCUGUGCCAAGGUGGCCUCUCUGUGGACCCGGGGCUCGCUGGCUAGCUCCCUGAGGAGUGUGGACCUGGUCCUUCGGAACGCUCCUGGACUGCCUGGUCCCAGGAAGGCAGCCCCCAGCCUCCCUGCCCAGAUCGCCCACUACCUCAGGCAGGCGCUGGCCUCGCUGGCCUCAGGCACGGGGCAGGCGCUAUGUGGUCCCCUCUAUGCCAGCCUGGCCCGGCUGCAUAGCCACCACCAGCAACAGAGCCAGGCCAUUGUCUUCAUGAUGCAGGCAGCGGAAGCUGACACCACAGCCGGCGUCCACCUGGUUGUGGACCAUGUGGUGGCCCUGGCCUGGUUGCAUGUGCUCCACAGGCAGAGCCUGGUGGCGCUGGACAUCCUGGAGUUCGUCCUGGAGGCGGCUGUGGCCAGUGAGGACCAGGAGGGAGUGAUUGCCAACAUGGCAGCCAUUGCUCUGAGAAGGACGGGCAGGACGCGGCAGGCAGCGGAGGGCUAUUACCGUGCUCUACACGUGGCCCGGGGCCUGGGACAGAUGCGGAACCAGGCUGUGGUCCUGGCCAACUUCGGGGCCCUGUGCCUGCAGGCUGGUGCCAGCAGGCUGGCCCAGCACUACCUCCAACAGUCCAUCAGGUUCUUCUCCCAGCUGCCCAGUGGGACGUGUGGCCAGGACUUCAUCCAGGUGCUUCUGUGGAUGGGCCACCUGUCUACCCGCAGAGCCCUCAUCCAGCAGGGCAAGUGCUAUUACGAGUGGGCCUUUGUGGUUGCUGUGGAGAUGGACCACCUGGAGAGCCAGCUGCAAGCCGUCCAGCAACUCUGCCACUUCUACAGCAGGGUGGUGCCCAACGAGGCCCAGUGUGUCAUCUACCAUGAGUUCCAACUCGCGCUGGCCCGCAGGGUGGCUGACAAAGUGCUGGAGGGACAGCUUCUGGAGGCCAUCAGUCAGCUCUACCUGUCACUGGGCACUGAGCGGGCCUACAAAUCUGCCCUGGACUACACCAAGAGGAGUCUGGGGAUAUUCAUUGACCUGCAGAAGAAGGAGAAGGAGGCGUAUGCCUGGCUACAGGCAGGGAAGAUCUACUAUAUCUUGCGUCAGAAUGAGCUGGUGGACUUGUAUAUCCAGGUGGCACAGAAUGCAGCCCUGUACACAGGGGACCCCAACUUGGGGCUGGAACUGUUUGAGGCAGCUGGAGACAUCUUCUUCAAUGGGACCUGGGAGCGGGAGAAAGCUGUGUCCUUCUACCGGGACCGGGCACUGCCCUUGGCUGUGACCGUGGGGAACCAAGAAGUAGAGCUGCGGCUAUGUAACAAGCUGGUGGCGCUGCUGGCUGCACUGGAGGUCCCCCAGGAGGGCCUGGAGUUCGCUCAUGAGGCCCUGGCACUCAGCAUCACUCUGGGUGACCGACUGAACGAGCGAGUGGCCUACCACCGGCUGGCCGCCCUUCAUCAUCAGCUGGGCCACGGGGAACUGGCAGAGCACUUCUACCUCAAAGCUCUGUCGCUCUGCAGCUCCCCCCUGGAGUUUGACGAGGAGACUCUGUACUAUGUGAAGGUGUACCUGGUGCUCGGUGACAUCAUCUUCUAUGACCUGAAGGACCCAUUUGACGCUGCUGGGUACUACCAGCUAGCCCUGGCGGCAGCCGUGGACCUUGGCCACAAGAAGGCCCAGCUGAAGAUCUACACGCGCCUGGCCACCAUCUACCAUCACUUCCUCAUGGACCGGGAGAUGUCUCUCUUCUUCUACCAGAAGGCCAGGACCUUUGCCUCUGAACUCAAUAUCCGCAGGGGCAGGGGCAACCUUGUAUCCCAGCGCGUCUGCGGCCAGGCCCCCUGGCUGGCCCCCAGCCACCCACUCUGACACCCCGAUGGGUGCACUUUGUAGCAGGGGUCCCCAUUUCUCCAGGGGCUCUGGGCAGCUUCUUUUCUGGGAAGUGGCUGUUACAAAGGAAAGGUCAAAUGGUCAAAGAGCAAUAAAUGUUU